AUGUCAACAACUUUACAGAUUUGCAUCCUCUCGGUCUUAAUAAACGUCAUUAAGAAUCAAAAUUAUGCAUUAUCAGAAUGGCAAUAUUAUUCAUCAGAAUUAGUUGAUAAUACUUUUCCUUCCACUGGUUGGAAUGCUAUACCUCCUUUUUAUACUUGCGAUUCUAUCGUACCUCCUUUUUAAUAAUUCUAUGAUUUCACUGGGUAACCUUGGGCCAGAUCUUUUGAUCUAACACAAGAAAGAGGAUAUUCAUAAGUAAGAAUAAUUUUUGAUUUAUAUAUUUUUUAAUACCCUCAAGAUUCCAUUUUAAANGAUAUUCGUCGUUAUAAGAAAGUUCAUGAUUUAAAUUGCAGUCCAACUGAUCCCUAAUAUGUUGUAUUCAUAAUUGAGGAUAUGUAUUGCAAAUUUACACAACCUUAGAUUCCCAACUAAUCAUCCUGAUUUAGUCAGAGAAAGUGAUUUCCUAAAGACAAACAUUUAUUUUGGGACACUGGAAAAUAGACAAUAAAGAUUCAAAGAGGAAUAAAAGAACAUCCUGGACUUCGAUAAGUAGAUUUAUGGUUAUAUCUUUGUUUUCGAUGGCAAUCAAAACGAUUCAUAUAAAGGUCUCGAAGAACCCAUUAAAUAUAUAUCAGAAUAUUGUGAAAAGCAAAGAUCUUUCAGUAUGUUGACAUCUAAGAAGGUUGUGGUAGCAAAUAAGAGCGAUUUGAUUGAAGCUUAAAAUUAAGACAAAGUGUUUUCAAAGUGGAAGUCUCUUGAGAAAUUUAAUAUCCCUACAAGGUUUGUGGUAUCUGCCAAGACUGGACACAAUAUUAAUGCAGUGUUUGAAGAAAUUGGCAAAUAAAUCUUGCAAGACUAAAAAUUAGACAUGAUUGACAAGGCUUGGCUUACAGAAAUGAAUAGUUUAAUUAUGGGAAUAGAGUCCUAUAGGAAAAAGAACAAAAACAAUAAUCAAGAUGAUAAUAACAAAAAGAAAGGAGGAAACAAGGGAUUUCUGGGCUGUGGAGAAAAAAGGAAGCAGUUUGUUGCUGAUGAUGUAAUUACUAUUAUUAAUUCAUUAGGAGGAUGAAGAUGAAGACGAAGAAGAUGAAGAAUUUAAAAAUUUGUAACAAUAUCCUGGAAUGAUGGAAGACAAUAAGGAGGGUUGUGAUAUCUUCUGA